GCGGCCGCCGCUGUGAGCGGCCUUCUUCGGGGCGGGGGCGGCGCUGGGCGGCACGGACGGCCCCACCCCGACAUGUAACGAUGGACUGCAGGACCAAGGAAAAUCCAGAAAGAACCUUUGAUUUGGUACUGAGAGUGAGAUGUCAUGCCUCUGAAAAUGAAGAUCCUGUGGUAUUGUGGAAAUUCCCAGAGGACUUUGGAGACCAGGAAGUACUACAGACUGUGCCAAAGUUCUGUUUCCCCUUUGACGUUGAAAGGGUGUCUCAAAAUCAAGUUGGCCAGCACUUUACCUUUGUACUGACAGACAUUGAAAGUAAACAGAGAUUUGGAUUCUGCAGGCUCACAUCAGGAGGCAAAAUCUGUUUAUGCAUCCUUAGUUACCUGCCAUGGUUUGAAGUAUAUUACAAGCUUCUAAAUACUCUGGCAGAUUACUUGGCUAAGGAACUGGAAAAUGAUUUGAAUGAAACUCUUAAAACGCUCUAUAACCACCCAGUACCAAAGGCAAACACUCCUGUCAAUUUGAGUGUGAACCAAGAUAUAUUUUUUGCCAGUGAGCAAGUUCUGAAAGAUCAGCCCUCAUUAGUACCGCAUUCCUACUUCAUUACCCCUGAUGUAACUGGACUCCCCACAAUACCUGAGAGUAGAAAUCUUACAGAAUAUUUUGUUGCUGUGGAUGUGAACAACAUGCUGCAGCUGUACGCCAGUAUGCUGCACGAAAGGCGCAUCGUCAUUACCUCUAGCAAAUUAAGCACUUUAACUGCCUGUCUGCAUGGAUCCGCUGCUCUGCUGUACCCAAUGUACUGGCAGCACAUAUACAUCCCUGUGCUUCCUCCACACCUGCUCGACUACUGCUGUGCACCAAUGCCAUACCUGAUUGGAAUACACUCCAGCCUCAUAGAGAGAGUGAAAAAUAAGUCAUUGGAAGAUGUGGUUAUGUUAAAUGUUGACACAAACACUUUAGAAUCACCAUUUAAUGACUUGAACAACUUACCAAGUGAUGUGGUCUCGGCCUUGAAAAAUAAACUGAAGAAGCAGUCUACAGCUACUGGUGAUGGAGUAGCUAGGGCCUUUCUCAGGGCACAGGCUGCUUUGUUUGGAUCCUACAGAGAUGCGCUGAGAUACAAACCUGGUGAGCCCAUCACUUUCUGUGAGGAGAGUUUUGUGAAGCACCGUUCAAGUGUGAUGAAACAGUUCUUGGAAACUGCAGUGAACCUCCAACUUUUUAAGCAGUUUAUUGAUGGUCGACUGGCAAAACUAAAUGCAGGAAGGGGGUUUUCUGAUGUAUUUGAAGAAGAGAUUACUUCAGGAGGCUUUUGUGGAGGGAACCCGAGGUCAUACCAACAAUGGGUGCACACAGUCAAGAAGGGAGGUGCACUGUUCAACACAGCAAUGACCAAAGCAACACCUGCUGUACGGACAGCAUAUAAAUUUGCAAAAAAUCAUGCAAAGCUGGGCCUGAAAGAAGUGAAGAGUAAGCUAAAGCAUAAGGAAAAUGAGGAAGAUUAUGGUACCUGUUCUGGUUCUGUACAGUAUACACCAGUUUACACAUUACAUGGUGAAAAGGGAGAAAACCUACAAAAGCGUAAGCUUGCGCAGGCUCACUUAGAACGGCCCCACAAGAGCCUUGAUGGUGCUCUCUGUGAUGCUGAGGAUGACAUUGAGAGAGCCAGCAAGUUAUCUUCUGAAGAUGGCGAAGAAGCUCCUGCUUAUUUUUAUGAAAGCGAUGACUCUGCUGACAUGAGAGAAAAGAUUCCUUACUCAGGGGAAAUGGACUUACUAGGCGAGAUCCUUGAUACUUUGAGCACUCACAGCUCAGAUCAAGGAAAGCUGGCAGCCGCCAAGAGCUUGGAUUUCUUUAAAUCAAUGGAUGAUAUUGACUACAAACCUACUAAUAAAUCCAAUGCUCCCAGUGAGAACAACCUGUCCCUCCUGUGUGGGGGGUCCGGCGAUCAAGCAGGCUGGCAUCUGGGACAGGACGACAGUGCCCUCCACGGCAAGCAGCUGCCUCCCUCCCCGCGGAAGCGGGUCUCCUCCAGCGGUCUGACAGAGUCUCUGUUCAUCCUGAAAGAGGAGAAUGCGCACAGCGUGAGCGGCCCUGCCACGGCGGGGAAGCCAGCUGCCACGCCAGGCUCGGACGUCCAGCCAGCUCUGCCUGAUGUUUCCCAAACUGAUCAGGGAAGAACAGAGAAGGAAACACUACACCAGAUUUCUGAUGAUCCACUGGUACCCAGCAUUGGGCGACGUCCAUCUACUUUUGUUCCUUGGGAGAAAGAAGGAAAAGAAGCCAAAGAGACUUCGGAAGAAACUGGACUGCUCCACGAAGUCGUGUCCUUAUGUCACAUGACAUCUGACAUCCAACAGGGCUCACGCAUUUCAGAGGAAAAUACAAGUGGAAACCAAGCUUAAAUCACCAAUCAAGAGUCAGUCGUUUGCAUCUAAGCUUCUUCUAUGUAGGUGUUUGGGGAUUCCAUGUAAUCUGUAGAGUAAGCAGAAUUAUUUGUAGGAAUGGCAACUCUUACUAUUUAAUUUUGUGUGUGUGUGUGUGUUCGGAACAUGUAUUCCCCCCACUUACUCAUCUCAUGGAUAUGUGUUAUCCAUUAAUUUUUAAGUGUAAAGCAAAUUCUUCUACUGUGCUAUGAAAUCAGGUACUAGUUUGUGUGUUUGUUGAAACACAAAUGUUUGUUGAACAUAUGAUUUCCCAGCAUUUGGUGCUUAAUGCCAGUCAUUUUAUUUAAACUAAGUAUGCAUAUAUAACCCUUAUGCAUAACCAGUAGCUACUAUAUUGUACUAAUCUGGUUGGGCAUGAACUGAUCAAAACUAGCCUGAAGCUGAUGAAACUGUUAGCCCACUAAUUGCCUUAAUCAUAAAGCUAUAUUGAGCAUACUUAAAUAACUUAUGAAAUUACAUGUGAAGUUUGAAAGAUGAGUUAUUAAUGUUCUAAAGAGCAAUAAUGCCUUUUUCUAUUCAUGGAAUCAAGGUCAAAAUUCAUUUUGCAAGGUUGAAAAGCUCUCCUAUGGAAAUAUUUAAUUUGCUUACAUAAGGACUCUGCAGCCAUGUUUUCCAAAAAGUAUAAAGGUAUAAACUUACCUGUCACUCAGUGAAAUGUAUGAAGUGCUGAACUACAAUGUGAAGUUAAUGACUUCUGUUUACAAAUGAGACACUUAGAAAAGGUUCACAGUCUCUCUUUUAGCCUUUGUAAGUAGGGGUCCGGGCCCACCUCUAAAAAGCCAAUGCGACAUAAACUCUCCAGAUAAGAAAGUUCACGUCAUGUCUCUUAACUGAUAAUUGUUUGCCAAAAUGCUUCAUGUCAUUAUCCCCAAUGUAAUUUUUUAAAUAAUUCACUUUGUAUUUUAGAAGUUCUUAGAUUUAUGGAAGAAAAAGAAAAAGCCCACAAGGUAGUGCUGAGGCCCCAGAGUUGCCCCUCCGUGCAGCGGCUGCUCGCUCACCAGCUUCUCGCCUUCCUUUUGCUCCUUUGCCUCCGUUGCUGAACCAACACAGGUGAACCGCACAUCACUGAGCUUUCAUUAGUUGUCCCCCGAUGCCGUGUUCUGCUCCCGGAUCUCAUCCUGGGCAGCACAUUCCGUGAAGUCGUCACAUAGACUCAGCCCUCUUGGCUUUGGCAGUGUCCCAGACGUCCGUUCCUUGUUUCCUUGAUGACCAUGACAGUUUUGAGGAGUGCUGGUCAGCUGUACCUGUGGAGUACCUCUCUCUUAGAAUCUGAUAUUUUCCUCAAAAUGAGACUGGGAUUAUACUUUUGAAGUAGGAAGAUCACAGAAGUGCAGUGCCAUUUCCAUCACCUCAUGUCUAGGGUGUGCUCUGCCUAAGUGACCUGUGAGCAUUGGUGUUGACGUUGGCCACUGACCGAGGUGGUGUUCAUCAGGUGCCCCUGUUGUCCAGUCAUUCUUCCCCUCUGCGUCGCCUGACAGAGCCUGGGGAAGGAACUGCUCUGAGCAGGCAGCCCACAUGUCAGAAGCAGGCAGCGUGCUUCCCCUCUGUCAGGGCAGAGGGGUAUCUGUGUGAAUCAAGUGGAAUUCUGUAUGAGAUUUUGUGUCUUCUCCCUGAAAUUCACUAUUAAGCUUCAGAAUUCCCUGGGAAGGAAUUAAGAUUGCUUCAUGAUAGGCUACAUUGCCAGGUGUAAUGAGGAAAAGAAACCCUAGUGAUGUUAUGAUUGGUAUGUUAUUUGUAAGUUAUGGUUUGUCUGUUAUAUGUAUGCCGGUGUAUCUGCUCUGUCCAUCCACAUUCAUGAUUAUUUUUAAAAUAUUAUAUUUAGAGAAAGGGUGUUUGAGAAACUACUCAAGAACACCAGUAAGAUUGUACCACUAAAAUGUUUACUCAAGGAAUAUGAGUUAAAGUCCUGGAAGGGGGUUUGUUGAAAACAUUACUUAAAAAUAUCUGUUCAAAUCAGUCUUUAAAAAAAUUGGCAUAAUUUUUAAAAACUACAUUCUGAAAUCUAAACAAACAUGUUUUAUUUGGGACAAUGAUUUAUUUGUGAUUACAAAGGAAGAGAAAUACUAGUUUCCUUUUAAGGAUGGCUUUUGUGUAUACUUGGGGGAAAAAUGUUUAAUCUUUAUUUUUAAACACAGAAGUAAGAUUCAAGGUUUUGUCAAAGUUUGCCUUUAUCUGCUCAUUUCAAAAUUCCAAUUUGCUUAACUGAAGUGUAUAAUUUACAGUUUUAAGUGAGAAGGGAAAAAGAUUACUGGUUGUUAAUCUGCUUGGCAAAUAUUCUUUCAUAAUUUGUGAAUAGAAUGUAAAACAACCUUUUAAUCUGAGUUUUGAAAUGAACCAUUUCUUCUCUCUUCACAACUCAUAGUCUCAGGAAUGAGAUAUUCAUGAGUUUAGUAUUGACCAGACUUGGGAUUUAGUCCAUUAAAUGCUUAAUAGACAUCGUGGCCUCAGAAAUCUAAGUUCUUUUGCUAUCUUUUAGUCACCUCAUAAGAUAUUAGGUUGUGAUAUUGUGUUGUUUUAAGAAUAUGUAGCCAUUCACAACCUAAUUGUCUCAUGGUAUUUUAGAGCAAUUUGUGCCUCACUUUAACAUGCAGAUUCAACUAUUUUAUUCUACAUUAAAAACAAAAGCCCUGUGUAUUAUUCUUGAAAAAAAAUUCCAGAAGACUAGUAGCAAGUAUUAGUAUUUGAAAGCAUUAAACUUUUGAGUAUUUGAAGUCUGCUCAUAAACUGAAUUUCACAGUAUCAUGGUAGAGAAUGUAGUAGAGUUAGGGUAAGUCCUGAAACAAGCAAGCAAAAGUAUUAAUCUUAUUUUCUACCAUGCCCAUAUUUUCUGUUGAAACUAAGCUAAAUAUUUAUAAGCUGUCUUACUGUUAGAAGUUAUCUUACAAAGAAGCAAUACCUGUUCUACAGCGGAAUUGUCGGACCACUAAGACUUCCUUUGGUACAUAGUAUUUUCUGCAGCUCAUGAUUCUUCUUGAACUCGCCAGUGUUUGUCCUUCUGCCCCCAGGUUUUGCAUCCAUUGUAGUUGAGGGAAUAGACAAGUAGAGGGUGAGUGAGGGGCUUUGGGUUCUGUAAGUGAAAAUGUGGCUGAGUAGUAUAUUUUGAUGGUUACCUGCUUUAGCAUAUCAUAGAAAGGCACCAAAAUAUAAUGUGACUUUUCCUGGUUAAACAAUAAUUCAUUCACAGAAUAUUUAUUUACUUCUUGUGAAGUCAUAUUGAAGGUAGUGUAACUGAGGAUGUGGGAAAAUAAAAUAACUGCUACAGUCCCUACUUUGAAGGAAUCAAUGAAGAGGAAAAGGAAUUACAAGUCUCUAUUAAAGUAAUAAUAACAACAAUAAUGAUGGCGAUAAUGAUGAUGUACUUUGCUUCAAGUUAUUAGCCCAAGAUUCUAACACACACACACAAAAAUGUUUAUAAACUGCUUAAUUUGGAGUAUGCUCUAAGUGGAGAACUGUAGUACCAUAUCUAAUUGUAUUAACUUCUCAAUUAUUAUGCUAAGUAUAAGAAUGCUGCUGUGAUAUCCGCCUUCAGGGGACAGACUCAGAGGACCUCGUGGGAGCUGGGCGUCCUUGCUUCUCUGAUUCCUAGGUCCAUGACCGGGCUGCACAGGGCCCUCUGUAAUGGAGUCUUGCUCCUUGGCAGUCCUUAGGCCACAUAGCUCCAUGUAGGAAUCACCAAAGGUGUGGAUCAGAAUCCAAUGUUUAAUAUUUUCAUCUUGAAACAUUCUUUUCCCCCUUUUAAAAUGCAUGACAGUGCUGUUAUAUAAGAAUUCUGUGGUACUAUCCUAAUGCUGGGACCCAGGAAUGCUACUGAAUCUGCUGUUUUCUUAAAUAAGGUGAAGAAGUAGGCUCCUGACCAAGAGGAGAAAGCUGUGAACACUCCCACAGUCAGACCUUCACUCUCUAUUUCUGCCUUCAGGAAAAGAUUGAUUAUUUUCAGGAAUAAAUUUUCUAGUGCGAAUUCCAUUUUGCUGGACGUGAAAGACUCUGAAUCUGAGAGGACAUUUGCAAAUCAGAACAUAAAAUUAGAAAUGUGAAAUGAAUUUUCCAAUCACAUUUUUCCACGAAGCACUUCUUCAUGUGGGAAGUAAUUUUUACCAACCCUGUGUCAGUACUAACAUCAUCCCCGUGUCAAGCCCAGGAACACUGUUAGUGUUUGUUUCUUAGCCCUUCUUUAAGAGGUGGAAUGAUUUUGAACAAAUCAGUUAACAUUAUGAUUUGGCCUAGAAAUAGGGAAUUGUGUACAUUUAGACAGGAACAUAUUUUGAAAAUAAUAGGAUUUUGUGCAAUAUUUUUUCUAGUAUAAUUUAGUUUGGAUGGAUUUGCACAUCUGCUUCUCUGGCAGAUGCCUUAAGGUCAUGUUUUUCAGUAUUUGUGUAAAACUGUAUGUAGCAACAUUCUGUUUGAUUGUAGGAAAGAAAAUGUAUUCUUUAUAUUGUUGCCAGAAGAAAUGUUUUUAUUUAAAAUAAUUAUGGAUAUUGCAUCAUGGUAUCAUAACUAAUUGCCUCAGCAACAGUAAAUAUGCAAUAAGAAAAUCCUGUACCUUAGAUUAGUGUUGACAAUACUGUUACCUUAAAAGAUGUGUAUGGUACAAAGUGCUGACUCUACACCUGUACAUUUAACAGAUGCACAGUUCUGCACCACAUCAAUCCAUAUGGCAUUUGUAUGAUGAUGACCACAUAUGUUGAUUGUACUAUCCUUUGUGAUGAAUCUUUGCUAAGAUUUUUAAAGGGCAUUGCCAAUACUUUUUAACUGUCUGUAAAUUAAGUUAAUUUUUUGUAUGAUGUACAGUUUGUUUAACCUUAGAGCUUCUAUAGAUUUAUACUUUUUAUUAUACUUGAAUGAGGCAGAAAGCACUGUGGAAAAUCUGUAGUUCUGGAUGCAAAUAUACCAAAAAAAUAAAACAAGGUACUGAACAGUCAUGUUAAUGCAAUGCUUUAUAUGCAGAAGACUAUGUUUUUUCAAGCCGCUUUCGUUAAAUGAAGUAACUGAAGAGAUGCAAUCUUUUUUUAUCUUAAAAGGUUGCAGAGUCAGGAAUGCUUACCUCUUUGAUACGAUGAAGCUGUCCCUUCAUCGUUGUGCUAUUUCAGUUCUCAGAUGAGAGCUUUAUUGAGAUCCAUGAACGAAUCCACUCUUGGGUUAACCAUUGGAUGUUUAGGACAGGACAGGUUUAGAACACUGUGCAUGAUAAACGCACCACAUGCUUCACAUCACCACCCUUCAGACAGUGUAACUUCCACAGAGUGUUUCGAGAGCCAUUUAAUCAUCAUUCACCAAACCUAGAUUUCUCAAAUCUGGUAUGAUUUAGUCCUUAUAGCUGUGCCUCCAGCAGCAACAACUGUGAGCUGCAUGAGUUCUACAACUUAGAAUGCAUAAAGCCCAUGAGGAGUUCAACAGUGAACUUUUCCAAACCUUAUUUAUUUUGUUGUAGGUGAAGAGCUGUUUCAAAGGACUGAAAAUCUUGAGCUUUUUGCUUGACAUGGUAACAGCUAUCUGUGGCACCCCAUCCAGCAUUGAGAUUUGCUUCAUUGUUCUUGCAUCCUUGAGGCUACAGUAUCAAUUAUCUCCAAAGUUGACUACUAUGGGGAAGACAUUGUAUAUAAAAGUAUUGCUUUGAGAAUUUUUAAGAUAUGCAAAAAAUAAACAUUGGAUGAAUUCUACAUUACCAUAAAGUACCCAACAAUGCACUUACAAAAUAAAGUUGGU